UUCUAUCCUCCAUAACCACAACAAACAUGCCUUCCAAAAAAAUUUAAUAUUACCCUGACAAAAAAUAAAUUAAAUUCGAAUCCAACGGUACAAAUAAAAUUACCGGCACAAAUGAUGCAAUGAACUUCCACGUGUCACAAUCUCAUUUCUGUUGUCACCUUUUUUUACGUGUUAUAUGGAAUUUAAGUAUGAAUUUAAUUUUCCAGACGGCAUAAAGAAUUGUUUCCAAUUCAUGCUUCUGAUAAAGAAAUAGGGUUAGAAGAGAGAAAUAUAGUGUAGAAAUUCUUGAUUUUAAUUACAUAAUUUACUUUUGAUUUUGAUUGUUGGUGCUGAUUUUCGGAUCCACUUAGUGAAAUUUUUCCGAUUUCGCCGGAAAAUUCUUGAUUACCCGGCGACAGCUAUUUCGCUGUGAUUUGAUUGAUUAAUUUGUUGAAGUUUUUUUAAAUUGAUUAUUGAAAGUGAAGAGGAAAAUUUGAAGAGGAAAAAAUGGUGAAUUCAAUGGUGGAAAGAGCUACUAGCAAUAUGUUGAUCGGGCCUGAUUGGGCUAUGAAUAUCGAGAUCUGUGACAUGCUUAAUAACGAUCCUGGGCAAGCUAAGGAUGUUGUGAAGGGGAUAAAAAAACGCAUUGGGAGCAGGAACUCAAAGAUUCAGCUUCUAGCACUAACGCUACUGGAGACAAUAGUAAAGAAUUGUGGGGACAUCGUACAUAUGCAUGUAGCAGAGAAAGAUCUACCUCAUGAGAUGGUAAAAAUUGCCAAAAAGAAGCCGGAUUUUCAAGUCAAGGAGAAGAUAUUAAUUCUUAUAGACACUUGGCAAGAAGCUUUUGGAGGACCCAGAGCACGAUACCCACAAUAUUAUGCCGCUUAUCAGGAGUUAUUGCGUGCAGGUGCAGUUUUCCCACAAAGAACAGAAAGAUCUGCUCCUGUAUUUACUCCUCCACAAACACAACCUCUGUCAAACUAUCCUCCAAAUGUGCGCAAUUCAGAGCAACUGCAAGAAUCAGCGGAUGCUGCUGCCGAGGCUGACUAUCCAUCAUUGAGCAUGUCAGAAAUUCAGAAUGCACGGGGGAUUAUGGAUGUUCUGUCCGAAAUGCUAAGUGCAAUUGAUCCAUCAAAGAAAGAGGGACUUAAACAGGAGGUAAUUGUGGAUUUGGUCGAACAAUGCCGGACCUACAAACAGAGAGUUGUCCACUUAGUUAAUUCCACAUCGGAUGAGUCAUUGCUUGGCCAAGGUCUGGCUUUAAAUGAUGACUUGCAGAAAGUGCUUGCAAAGCAUGAAGCUAUCGCUUCAGGAAAUGUUGUGCUGCAGGAGAACCCUAAACCUGAAUCUAGUAAGGCUCUCGUUGAUGUUGAUGCUCCUCUGGUUAAUACAGGAGAAAGCAGCAAACAAACUGUUGGAAGCUCUGCCUCUGGAUCAACUCUUUCAGCCCCCCAUGCAAAUGGCUCUACAGCCACGCCAACUAAAGAACUUGUAAAAAUUGACCUACUGAGCGGUGACCUGUUGGGUGAUGAUUUUGGUACGCAGACUGCACAGGACUCAUUGGCACUGGUCCCGAUUUCUGCACCUCCACCAUCUAGUCCUAUUGUUCCAGAGAAUAAUGCUUUGGCUCUUGUAGACAUGUUUUCGAUGAAUAAUACUCCAGAUUCCUCAAAUUCUCAGGCUGCUUUUUCUUCUGGACAUCCUUUACCACCAGAACUUCAACAGCAGCAUAACUUACAACCAGGUCAACAAAUACCGUUUGCAAAUGGAAUUUCUACAAGCAUGGCGUUGCCUCAAUAUGAGCAGGCGGGAUAUUCACAACCUGCUGGUACUUCCUGGAACUCGCAGGUUUCUCAGCAGCAGCCACCUUCACCUGUCUAUGGCUCUCAAAAUGGAGGGUCGUUGCCACCCCCACCAUGGGAGUCUCAGCCAACUGAUAUAAACCCGUCAUCGAGUCCUCAAUAUCCUCCGGCAGUGCAGACCUCACCGAUGGCUGGCCUGCAAUCACCAACAUUUCAGGGCGGCAUGCAUCCCUUUCACUCUCAACAAAUAGGAAAUGAUCAAGUUUCAGGAAUGUAUGCGCAACACAUGGCAGGUGGUCAUAUGCCUGGAAUGAACAUGCAUCCCAUGAUGAACCAUAUGCCGGGCAUGUACCCUCAAGCUUAUCCGGGAGCACAGAUGAUGGGUAUUUCCCAAGCACUUCCAGGUACCCAGAUGAACUCUAUGUAUCCCCCUCAGAUGUACGGAAAUCAAAUGGCAGCCUACAGCUAUGGUUAUGCACAGCAAACCGAUGCUCAAUAUAUCGACCAGAGAAUGUAUGGCUUAUCUUUGAGGGAUGACAGUUCUCUGAAGAACACUUCGAGCCAGACUUCAAUGGCUUCAUACUUACCUCCAAUGAAAUCGCAAUCUAAGGGAGACGAUAAAUUGUUUGGAGAUCUUGUUGAUAUGGCAAAAUUGAAGCCAGGAAAACCCACCCCUAGUAGGACUGGGAGUGUGUGAUGUUGGGGUUUAUUGCAAUUUUAUCUAGAUGUUUUCGGAUUUUUAUUUGAUAGUUCACUUUGCUUCAUUUGUUUUUCGGUUCUUUUUCCUGGGGUUUCUCAACUGACUCGGAAAAGUUUCCAGUCCUUAAGUAUAUACGCGGUUUUGCUGUUCAAUCCAGGUUUCGGCAUAUAAAAUAUAUGUGGCCAUAUGAUUUGAUGUACAUCCCCUUGUAGACAAUAACAAUGAUAGUGAAGGAACUUGAGUGUGGUUGAAUUGAUGGAAGAUCUAUUCACCUGUUUCUCUUUGAAUAAAAAAUUCUUGUAUCACAUUUUUGCUUGUAAUUAAAUUAUUUAGGGGAUUGUUUGUUGCAAUAUCUCCUUUUUCCCCAUUUGUUUUUUCGUUC